UUUGAACAUUACAAGUACACGCUGGUACCCACAUGUUUCGAUGACGUUCAUUUAUUUCUCAACUACCCUUCGGAGUAAUUAGUCAGGCUUAAGUUAAAUCCUGUAACUUAAUGACUGUAAUUUCCGUAUACCUGAAGAAUUUAUCAUCAGAAGUUUUUCGGUAACCUUAAAUAUUCAGCGUCUAAGUUUAUUACUACAAAAAUGCCACACCUGGAAAUCUCGUGUAAUUGUAAAAGCUACUGUUUGACCAAGAACAUGCAUCUCCCAGGAGAUAUUAAAAUAAUUUGCGAACUGAUGGAGGAUUCUCUCCAAGGGAUUGAAGAUGACGAAGAGGAAAUCGAACUACAAGAAGAUAAACUCGAGCAAAACAUCGGCAACGCUUCUGAAAUAUUGGAGUCUAUGAAGAAACACAUGAAAAAUAAAGCAUUGUCGCAGUACAUUGUUAGUAUUAUCAUAAAUAAAUAUGAAAAGUGCAGUUACAUUUACAAAAUUUUGAACUCCAAGAAUACAAGUCUUAGUAGAAAAUAUAUGAGACUGAAGGUAGAAUACUCACACAUUAUCAGCGAAGUCAUGGCAUCAAGUACAGAGCAAUUGAAAAAAAAAUUUUACGAAUACUGUUAGAUUGUAUCAGAUCUUUUUUAACGUUAUUAUUGAUAUUAAUAUAAAGGUUUGUGCUGUAAAUUGUAAUUAUUCUAAUGGAAUUUUAAUUUAUUUAUUUCCGCAAUUAAUUAAAUAAAUUUUCAGUUUAUUAUUUUA